AUGGCAAUAGCAUCGGUCCUGUCCUGUCCUUACCCCAUAGACCUGCAGGCUAAGGGCUACAUAGAAGGCUUGACAUACGUCGAUGAGAAGACAUGCACCCCGCUUGCACACUUUGUUGGAGGGAUUCCGUACGCCCUACCUCCACUUGGCCCAUAUCGAUUCCAAAGACCACGAGAGCUGCCGCCAUGUUAUCGUUACGGCACAGCUUCUAAUCCUGGACGUUUUACUGGCGGUGUUGGCGUAUGUCCGCAACCUGGAGAUGCUGAGAACAAAAGAAUGUGGGACGAGGAUUGUUUGCAAAUAAACAUAUGGAUCCCGACAGGUAGAGGCCCUGGUACAGGAUGGCCAGUACUGGUCUGGUACCAUGGAGGCUUUUUGCAGUGGGGGAACCCAGGGGACUAUGAUCUCUCCAACAUGCUGUCUGAAACCGCGGCAAAGGCUAUCAUAGUCAUACCGGGAUAUCGUUUGAACCUGUUCGGCUUCCUUGCUGGCGCAAAGUUGACCGAAGAGGGAGCGGAUUACACAGCGAAUAAUGGUUUCUGGGACCAGAGGCUUGCGCUCGAAUGGACGUGGAAGAAUAUCAGCUACUUCGGGGGUGAUGCGGGGAACAUCACCAUUGGAGGAUAUUCGGCCGGCUCGCAUUCAACUUUCCAGCAAUUAGCCUACGAUUUGAACCUUCCAGAUUCAAAGGCAAUCGUACGGCGGGCUCUGAUGCUAUCCAAUGGACCCGGAAUGCAGCCAAAGUCUACAGUAGACGCACAAGCUCAGUUCGAUGAGCUUUGUAACGCUCUCGGUUUGUCCGUCAAGAUGAGUGCAACAGAGAAAUUGGCUGUUCUUCGCGUCCUGGACCCCCAUACGUUGCUCGAUGCUGCUUCGAAGAUAAAACACCACCAAUUCCGCGGGGUAACAGACGGCACAUUCAUACGAGAAGGUCUGGUGGAAGAGCUUGACUCAGGUCUUUUCGCUUCUCGCAUGAAGAAGCGUAGCGUAAAGCUGAUCAUGGGCGAAUGCAGGGACGAGCAUUUCGCCUAUGGCCAAUGGCUUCCACCGCAGAAUACAUACGAAGGUGUUUUGGAGCGCCUCCAAGCGGACUAUCCCCUCAACGCUUGCGAGGCUCUUAUGAACCACUACUUUCCCGAACGGAGUUUACCAACUGCGUACAACAGCUGGCAAGAUGCCUUCGGACAUAUUUACGCCGACAUCCAGGUCCAUCAUCUCGAAAGAGGCAUGGCCAAUGCUCUAGUUGCCCAUGGUGCGGGUGACCUUCUCUACCGGUAUCGCAUAGAGUGGCGCGCACAGUGUUGCGAUAGAAAAUACCCGCGCGAAUGGGGCGUGACCCACGGCACUGAUUUAGCAAUCUGGUUCUGGGGCAACAACGAGAGGCUGAGCAACAACGAGAAGACCCUCGUGAAGAAAGCGUUCCACGACCAAUUCGCACAGUUCCUGAAAGACGGAAAGCCACAGUGGAACACAGAGAACUCACUGCAGCUGCGCACCCUCAAGCCCGACGGCACUGUAGCGAUUGAGGACGAUGCGUGGCUUGCAAACAGCUUGAAAGUCUGGGACCUAUUGAAGAAUGUUGGUGCAAUUGAUACGAGGCCGCCAUCGCGGGAUUCCAAGCUCUAA